ACCCGGAAUGGUCAGGGAAAACAAUUGGAAAAUUGCCUUUAAAUUAACGAAACAAUGGCCGAGGUGACGUUGCCGCAGAUGACGGAACAGCUGGACAACGAGGAGGUGCGGGAAAUCCUGAAAAACACCACAGAUCUGCGCCAGUACUCGCGACAGAUUGAAAAGGAGUUCAAGGAGGUGGAGAACAAGUCGAUAGAGGACUAUAUUGCCGAAUCCCAGAACAUAGCCAACCUGCACAAUCAGAUCAACGACUGCGAUGAUGUCUUGGAGCGAAUGGAAAAUAUGCUAAUGAGCUUCCAGAGCGUUUUGAACAACAUCAGCACGGAAAUUACGCAACUGCAAAGGAAAUCCGUGUCCAUGUCCCUUCAGCUGACCAAUCGUCAAUCGGUCAAGGCUCAGCUCUCCCAGUUUAUCGAGGACAUGGCCGUUUCCGAGGAGAUGAUCAACAUAAUAAUGGAGACCCCGGUUACGGAGAAGGAUUUCAGCACCCAAUUGAAUGUUCUGAAUCACAAACUCUCGCUGGUCAAGGAGCUCAGCUUCAACGAGUCCAAGUCCACUAGCGAUGUGAGCGACGUGCUGCAGAAACUCCGGCUGAAAGCCAUGACCAAGAUCCGAUCGUAUCUGCUGGAGCAGAUCUACAAGUUCCGGAAGCCCAUGACCAACUACCAGAUUCCCCAGAAUGCCAUGCUGAAGCACAAGUUCUUUUUCGAGUUCAUCCUGUCCAAUGAGCGGCAUGUUGCCCAGGAGAUAUGCAGCGAAUAUAUCGAUACGAUGGGCAAGAUUUACUAUAGUUACUUUAAGAGCUAUUCCACACGAUUGACGAGUCUCAAAUUCGAAGAGUCCUGCACAAAAGAUGAUCUCAUGGGCAUAGAGGACAAUGCCUCCAAGGGUUUAUUUUCCAAGACAACGAGUUUAAAGCACAAGAGCACUAUUUUUACAAUAGGAAAGCGAGGCGAUAUACUUAACCAGCAGCUGGAGGCACCUAUUAUAGUGCCCCAUGCGCAACUAAAGAAUCGGUACACAGUGGAAGCUCUCUUCCGUUCGGAGCAAUAUGCCCUCGUGGAUAAUGCCUGUCGGGAAUACCUCUUUGUCACCGAAUUCUUCAUGGUUCGCGGCACCCAAGCUCAAGAUUUAUUCAACCAGAUAAUGGGAAAAACCCUAACUCUAAUGAUUAAAAACCUGGAGACGUCUAUACACGACUGUUUCGACACCAUAGCCAUGUUCCUGUGCAUUCAUCUCAUAUUCCGCUACCAACUAAUGUGUCACAAACGCUGUGUGCCUGCAUUGGAUAAAUAUUGGGACUCCUUGCAAGCGGUUAUUUGGCCACGUUUAGAGCUGGUUUUCCGCUUGAAUAUUCAGAGCAUACACGACUGUGAUCCUACCAAGUUCAACAAGGAAUUGGGACCGCACUACAUAACCCGACGCUAUGCGGAAUUUAGUGCGGCCAUUGUGGGAAUCUCGGAGCACUUUCCCAACGAAUUGGUGAGCCGAUUGCUUCUAGAACUCCAGAAUGAAGUCGAGUGCUUCAUUCUGCGCAUGGCUGCCAUAUUUCCAACGCGCAAGGAUCAGCUCAUCUACCUGAUCAAUAACUACGACCUGGUUUUGGGUGUGUUGAUGGAGCACACGCGAGAUAAUUCCAAGGAAGCUGAGGCGUUCAGGGAGCAACUCAAUGCGCGGAGUGCCGAGUAUGUGGAGGAGAUUCUGGCCCCACAUUUCGGAGGCAUUAUUCAGUUUGUCAAGGAGUGCGAGCACUUUUUUGAAAAGGAACAAAUGGACGAGCUGAGAAAGCAGGAGCGAAGAAGUCUAGCCUUGGUGGCCAGCUUCUCGGCCAACUGGAAAAAAUCGCUGGAGGAGCUUAACAGAGAGGUGCUCCUCUCAUUUCCAUCUCUGCUGACGGGCUCGCAGCUUUUGCAGCUGGCUUUGGCCAGUCUGGUGCAAUAUUACCACCGAUUCCACAAGCUCCUCACGCCCAAUGCCCGCGCUCAGCUGACCAACAUCCAUGUGGUGAUGGUGGAGAUCAAAAAGUACAAGAGUAAUUAUUAAGGGACGUUUUAAUUGAAUGUAUGUAGACUUCUGUGUAUUCCAACUUGAGUAAAGUUCCAA